GGCGACGGCGAGGCCGGGGGCGGGCGCGGAGCGGUCCCUGCGUGCUGACGCUAAUUGUAUAUGAGCGCCAGCGGCGGGCUCUCGGGUCUUUUUAGCGCCAUCUGCUCGCGGCGCCGCCUCCUGCUCCUCUGGCCGCCGCCCUGAGUCACUGCCUGCGCAGCUCCGGCCGCUUGGCUCUGCGCGCUCGCCGCUGAUAUUUGGAGUUCUUACAACAUGGCAGACAUUGACAACAAAGAACAGUCUGAACUUGAUCAAGAUUUGGAUGAUGUUGAAGAAGUAGAAGAAGAAGAAACUGGUGAAGAAACAAAAAUCAAAGCGCGUCAGCUGACUGUUCAGAUGAUGCAAAAUCCUCAGAUUCUUGCAGCCCUUCAAGAAAGACUUGAUGGUCUGGUAGAAACACCAACAGGAUACAUUGAAAGCUUGCCUAGAGUAGUUAAAAGACGAGUGAAUGCUCUCAAAAACCUACAAGUUAAAUGUGCACAGAUAGAAGCCAAAUUCUAUGAGGAAGUUCAUGAUCUUGAAAGAAAGUAUGCUGUUCUCUAUCAGCCUCUAUUUGAUAAGCGGUUUGAGAUUAUUAAUGCAAUUUAUGAACCUACGGAAGAAGAAUGUGAGUGGAAACCAGAUGAGGAAGAUGAAAUUUCGGAGGAACUGAAAGAAAAGGCCAAGAUUGAAGAUGAGAAAAAGGAUGAAGAAAAAGAAGACCCCAAGGGAAUUCCUGAAUUUUGGUUGACUGUUUUUAAGAAUGUUGACUUGCUCAGUGAUAUGGUUCAGGAACAUGAUGAACCUAUUCUGAAGCACUUGAAAGAUAUUAAAGUGAAGUUCUCAGAUGCUGGCCAACCUAUGAGCUUUGUCUUAGAAUUUCACUUUGAACCCAAUGAAUAUUUCACAAAUGAAGUGCUGACAAAGACAUAUAGGAUGAGGUCAGAGCCAGAUGAUUCUGAUCCCUUUUCUUUUGAUGGACCAGAAAUUAUGGGUUGUACAGGGUGCCAGAUAGACUGGAAAAAAGGAAAGAAUGUCACUUUGAAAACCAUUAAGAAGAAGCAGAAACACAAGGGACGUGGGACAGUUCGUACUGUGACCAAAACAGUUUCCAAUGACUCUUUCUUUAAUUUUUUUGCCCCUCCUGAAGUUCCUGAGAGCGGAGAUCUGGAUGAUGAUGCUGAAGCUAUCCUUGCUGCAGACUUUGAAAUUGGUCACUUUUUACGUGAGCGUAUAAUCCCAAGAUCAGUGUUAUACUUUACUGGAGAAGCUAUUGAAGAUGAUGACGACGAUUAUGAUGAAGAAGGUGAAGAAGCGGAUGAGGAAGGGGAAGAAGAAGGAGAUGAGGAAAAUGAUCCAGACUAUGACUCAAAGAAGGAUCAAAAUCCAGCAGAGUGCAAGCAGCAGUGAAGCAGGAUGUAUGUGGCCUUGAGGAUAACCUGCACUGGUCUUCUGCUUCCCUGGAAAGGAUGAAUUUACAUCAUUUGACAAGCCUAUUUCAAGUUUUUUGUUGUUGUUUGUUUGUUUGCUUGCUUUUGUUUUUGCAGCCUAAAAUAAAAAUGUCAAAUAUAAUUUUAGUUCUCACAAAAUAAUGUCUUAAUUUUGUACUAAUUUAGGUAGAAACAGAGGCCUAGCUUGAAUUAAGCGUUGUACCCUAUUUUGCCAUAUUAUUGAAGAAAAGGGUGCCAACUUUGGAAGAGGUACUUCAUCUGCUAAUAAGAAAGAAUCUUAAAUGAUGUUUUUAAAAAGAAAGAUUGAAAAGUUAAAUUUCGUUUCCUUUGGUUAGUACUAGAGAGAAGACCCCAAGCCUCUGUGCUUAAUUCCAGUUCUUAUUGCUUAGAGUAUAUCAUUUACCCAUGCUUCUGUUUGCUAUGUAUUAAAAUGGGUAGAACUGUUUACUUAACUACCUCACAGAUGUGUUAAGGCGUAUUGGUUAAAUUUUAUGAAAUGUUUAUCAGUCUCAUUAAGAGCUCAAAAAUUUGGACCUAUUUGUACCACAAGUAUGAUAUUCAACAUUUUAUUCGUACCAGGGCUUGAUAAUUAAACUGGAAAACAGGUUAAGUACCUCCGUUCUGGACCUGCUCAGGCAGUACUCUUGAUAAUUAAACUGGAAGACAGGUUAAGUACCUCUGUUCUGGACCUGCUCAGGCAGUACUCUUGAUGAUUAAACUGGAAGACAGGUUAAGUACCUCCGUUCUGGACCUGCUCAGGCAGUGCUCUUGCAGAUCUUCAUGUGCCGCCUCGUUUGACUAGAAGUGGGUAGAUGAGUAGCUACUCCAAAAGGUCCAAAGAUUGUUUUCAGAUAUUUUAGUUAUGACCAUAUUUUAGUAAAUAAUACAGAGGUCAUGGGACUAAAGUAGAAAUAAGACCAUUUUUAGGGGAAAAAAUGCCAUUAAAUUUGAGACUGUAGAGCCACAUUUAAAAUACCUCAGGCUAAUUACUGUUAAUUUUUUGUGAUGAGCUUAAAAGCUUUGACAGUGAAGUGGACUAAUUGGAUUGUAAUUAGAAGACAGCCCAGAGUUCUUGCUCUUAAUAAAAUUACAUUUGGUUCAUUUUCAGAGGUGAUAGAGCUUUCUUUUUGAAAAUUUAGUAUAUUAAGGUUUUGGAACAUGAACACAGUUCGUUAUUUGUAUAGUACUAUCCCUUCCUCUCCUGAGAUUUUAAUUAACUACUGGAAAUCCUUAACCAAUUGCAAUAGUUGGUAGGAAAAAAAUGCCAUGGAAACACCUUAUGUUUUUCCUCUUUAUUUUCAAAACAAUUUUGGUUGCUUUGAUUAGACAUUCUGUGCUGAUUUUUUUUAGGGGGGGGUACCCAUAGCUCAUGUGAACGCAGCUUUUUCUGAACUUAAAAAAUUUUAAUCUAAAGAUAGAAUCCCAUUUUCAGUGAACUUAAAGAAAUAGAAAAACCUCAACUUCUUUUUCAUUCCUUUAGGACAUAGCUAUUGCCAAAGUGAAGGGGUAGAUACUAUUUCGUCUUGUUAUAUAAGGGGGAUGCGGUUUGCAAAGGAAUUGGUUUCUUAAUAAAGUUGGAGUUUCAAGGGAUAUCAGUGUUCAUCUGUGCCAUCUCUCCAGUUCCAAAAUGGUUCUAUCCCAUUCUAGAAAUUUGAAAUAUGUAAUUUGAAAUCCUUAAUAAAAUUUGCAUUUAAUUUUAUAAAAUGUACUGGUGAUAUUUUGGGUAGUUUUUUAAAAAAAAUAUGAAUAUAUAUACUUUUUUUGAAAGAGCAGAGAGUAGAGAUGUUUAGAGUAGGCUAUUCUGUGCUUAGGCCAUGAUGGCCUGUAAAUUUGCAUAGUUCCAAGAGCAACCUCCCAAGCCCUGCUGAGUGGAGUUCAUUGUUGGAAGACUAGGAAGAAAGGGAUUCCACAGGUCUGCAGGUUUUACUCUGUAACUACAGACGUUUUUGAGACUUUGCAUUUUGUCUUUACACUUUCAGUUUAUAGGCUCCUUUGGCCCAGGCACUGACUACCAGGAAGUUCUCUCAUUUUUUCUCUCUAGAAAUGGUAAAAUCCCAUAUAAUCACCUAUGAAGUAAUACUUUGAAAAAACAUUUUUCUGACUGUCAUUUUAUGGUCAUUCAAAUAUGGUAAGUGAACAGAGAACAGCAUUUCCAUAAAUUGAUUAGUUUUUAGUUUAACUUGAAUGUCUCAAAGUUUAUGUAAUUUCUCAGAAUUAUUUUACCUUGUUCACUGAAGCAGUAUCACUAUUUCUGUGACAUAAAAAUGUUAAUUGUGUGGAAUUGGCUUAUGGAAUAGUACUUAAGAAAAAUGGGAUUCUACCUCUAUUUCUUUUUUAGAUCAUUUAAUAAUAAAUAAACCUGAAAAGGAGACGUUAGCUUUGAUAGAAAUAUUUUCAUUAUUCUGUGAAUAGGUUAAUGAUACUCAUUGGUGUAUGAUAAAGCUCCUAAGAUAACUGAAUUAACUGUUUGUAUUACUGCUGCUUGUAAGACAGUAUGAAUUUGUGGGUUUAUCUGAGUUGUAGGCUAUUCCCAUUAUUAAAAAUAAAAUUUUGAAUUAUUAUUUGUGAAAACCUUAUUGUACCAUGCAGAAAUAUUAAACUUUUUAUUCUUUGAA